ACGCAUGGUGUGACACUGACCGCGUCGCCAAGUUGAACGCUUGCGAGGUCCUCCUUAACACGUUCACAUCGUCGACGUCGGACGCCAACCACGACGACGACGGCGACGAUGGCCACUUUCUCUGACGGCGGAGACGCCACGACCGCUUCCGCCUCCUCCGGCGACAUGCGCUUUUAUCUUCAAAACCUUCUUGAUGGCAAGGAGAAGCAGUUGCAGCAGGCAGGCACGCUCGGGCAGCAGUUGCUUGCGCAGCGGAUGGAGUUGGAGGAACGGAUCAGACAAUUGCAGGAUUUCGAUCUUGACGCAGGAGACGAUGACGACGCUACAAUUCGGGAGAAAUAUCGGGAGUUGGCAGAGACAAUCAAGGCUUGGGACGCAGAGAAUGAGCAGCUAUCGGACGCGUUCACUUUGAAGCCUGCUGUGAAUGGUGCUGCUUCGCCGUCCUCUCACUCUGUAGAGCUUUCCCGAGGCGAUAUCGAGCGGUCGCUGGAGCGCUCAAAGGCUUCUGGUAGUGGAACCACUGCCGCUCAGUCAUCCCGUCGAGCCAAGAAUGCCGCACACCGUGCUGAUGACGUCGAAUUCGCGUUUGAGAUCGGGAGUGGCUUGUUGACCGAAGUGCGCCGGCUUCAAAGUUUAUUGGGCGAACGAGACAAAGCCCUUCAGGACGUCAAGGAGGAAAAGGAGGAUCUCGAGAAGACCGUAGAGAGCUUAAAGACUGCCUUACGCGAACAAGAACAAUCCGCGGACAAGUUCAAGGAGGAGAAUUGGAACCUCGAAGUCACUCUCCAAGAGCUGCGGGCUCAGCUGACCGACUCCCAGACGACGACUGUGAGAUUGGAGGGUGACACCAAGAGGUUGACCAAGAUGCUCACUACUGCUCGCGAGACCGCCGAUCAACAUAAGAAUGAAGCCGAACGGCACCAGAACGCGUUUGAGGAACUGAAGGCAAAGCACGAAACGGAUGUUGCUCAGGCAAGAAAGCACGCGGCGAGUUUGCAGCGGGAUAAGUCUGACCUCCAGCAAUCAUUGGACUCGCUUAAAGUCGAAAUGGCCAAGCAAUCCAGACGCUUUCCCCGGUUUGGUUCCCCCCUCACGCCCAACGGCGCAUCUGCCUCUGAGGCAGCCACACCUGCAGAUGGUGACGACGACGACGUAUUCAGUACCGCAGCAUCCACCGCGAACAGGAAGAAAGCGGAUACCUCUGCACUCUUCCCUCCUGAUGGAUUCGACUUCGACUCUUCUCCGGACUCUUCACCCUCGAAACCAUUCCUCGCUCCCAAUCAUCCUAGAAAUGAAAUUGAAGCUCUGCAGCAACGCCUGGCCCAUGCCCAGAGACAGAUCAACACUCUCAAGGGCACUUUGCAGCGAGAGAAAGAGAUGCGAAUUGAGUACAAGCGCAAACUCGACUCAUCUCCUGCCUUGGGUUCACCCGCAUUCGAUAUUGUGGAGGAGGAGGAGGAGGAGGACGAGGACUUCAUCGACGAAGAGUCUGGCAUGGUUAGACCAAAGGCACGUUUGACGCCGUUCCGUCAAGGUAGAGGCCGUGGUCGUGGCAGAGGGAGAGGUGGUUCUUCGUUCGCUCGCAAGCUUGACCUAGCUGUCCAAAGCCCUUCCUCUGAGUAUGCCGACGACGAUGAUAUUGGCGAGAGUUCACCACCUCCACCCGUCCCGCCAAUUCCAUUCAAAUAUCAAGAUGAGGAUGAGGAUGAACAGCCAAGUAAUGAGUACAUUCAAGAGGAAGAAGAGGAUACCGAGAUGCAGCAGUCACCUUCACCUCCAGUUGCAUCUAAUCGCACUAGCGUGGAUGGCAUGGAUCCUGCCUUCGCAAACGUUCUUCGACGCUCUACGUCUGGAAGCUCUAUGACGUUUAACCGCAGUCCGCUACGAAAAGUACUCGCGAGGUCGUCACGUGGAGGUGCAAUUCCUCGUCGCUCUCGUGGAGGAGCUGCUUUCCAAGAAGCUCGACCGCCAUCCCUGGUUGUCCAACCUGGUGUUCUCGCAGACGAGUUUGGUUUGGGUAUUGAGUCAAGUUUGGACAACACGCUUGAAUUACCAGAACGAGAGACAAGCCACUUCGGUUGUCAGACCGAGCCUAUUGAAGAGGUCCCCGAACCCGUCAUAGUUGUCGAUUCACCUCCUGCCUCGCCUCCCCAGCCUGCUGCACCUGCUCACGAGGUUACCGAGAUCGGCAUUCAAGUCGAACCUGAACCCGUGCCUGCUGUCGCAAAAGCCGAGGUCUCACUUCAGACUGAGGAAGAGGUUGCUCCGAUCAUCGUUCGUUCCGAUGCUUCUGUGCAGCAUGAAGAUCUCACUCCUGUGCCAGUUCUUGUCUCAAUGGGAAUUGCAACUGACCCUGAGCCCAAACCAGAACCUGUGCCGGAGCCUCCUGCAGUGUACGUACCGACGUUCUCUCAAGCUGAGGUCCAAACACUUGUCGUUCCUUCUAGUGAAGCCGACGUUCAGACUCUGCCCGAGCCUUCACCUGUGCUACCCAAGACAACUGAAAUGCAAAUGCAGACAGUGCCAGAACUCGUUCCUGUGACGACCCAUGCAGACAUGCAGACUUCAACCGAAGUCCACGAUGACCAAAUUUCGUAUAUGGAUUCAUCCAUCGGCGAGAUGAGCGGAGAUACUACGAUUACACCCCGCCCUCCUCCUUUGGCGAUGCCCAACUUUGAGUCUGAAGAUGAUGGUACCGAGACGGAGACGGGUUCAAUCAUGGAGACCGACACUGAUGACUACCAGGAUGCAAGACAGAGCAUGUCUAUGGUGACUCCGACGGACAUGGAUGACUUCCAUUCCAUCAUGACUGUUACCGACAACGAAUUUUCCUCCAGUGACGAUGAAAGCGUCAAGGCUUCUCGUUUGCCCAGUCGCGAAGUAUCUGCAAUGUCGUCAGCAGUAUCAGUACCAUUGGCUUCUCCAACCGUUUCGGAGCCUGAGUCACCUGUAUCACCACCUACUCCUAAGCCCACGUACGAGUCAAGGGGUAUUGAGACCGAUGUCGCCGAAGAACCGCCAGUCGUCAUACCUAUAGUAGAGGAGGAGGCUAAGGCCGUGCCACUAGUAUCGGAACCACCGAAGCCCGAACUAAAGGAAAUGUCAAUUCAAACCGAUGAGUGGUCACCUCCCCCUCCGCCAGUCCCUGUGACACCUUUCCUACCUCCAGCACCUGUGCUUGUCACGGCGCCUUCAACUCCCGCACACUCUCCUUCCCCCUCUUUCCGACCUUCUCAACAAUUCCAAUUCAUUUCCCCACCACCUUCCGCUGGUCCGACAACAACUUCUUUGCCCAAUGUUCCCGCUCCUUUGCCUCCAUCUAAUCUCUCACCCGCCAGAGAUUCUACUGUUUCUACAUUCGUUCCUCGUCCUCGUACAUCUACCUCAGACAGAAGACAAUCUAUUGAGUCCACUCUGUCAUCCGCUAUGGAAGACAUAGUCGCACGAUCUCGUACGCCAUCUAAUGUGGCUACGGUUGUCGAUAAAUCUAGGCCACCCAUGAUGAUGCUUCCACCGCCUCCACGGCAACCGCCCCCACCUAAUUCGAUGCCCCCGCCCCAAUUCAUACCCGAGAGGAGGUUACCCACUACUUCGAAUGCCUCUCAUGACAUACCCCCGCCUCGACCGUCGUCACCACCUCCCCCAGAACUCAUCCAGCGAGCUACGACACCACUGGGCUCGGUGCUAUCAGUACCUGCUGCAAGACAGUUUGGUUUGCGACCUCAUGCAUCGACUGUACAGUCCUCCCAACAACCUCUGCGUCAACCGUCUUCAACAGGCAGCUUCCGAUCUGGACCAAGUGGUAUUGUUCGUGCUCCGCAACCCAGUCCAUCGAUACCCUCAUUCAAUAUCCGGGAGAGGGAACGCAGAGGAAUGUCCUCAGUUUCACUCAAUUCUGGAGGUCAGAGCCUCGACUCGCAACGCUCUUCGUUGUCUUCCGACCAUCAUGGUUAUGAUCAACCGAAUCAACGUGCACACGGCGCACCACCUGUUACACCCGAUCGUCCUGCUGGAAUGCCAGGCCGUCAUGCUGUAAACUCGACAGAUCCCACUAUCAUUCAUGCCAUCACGCAGACAAUGAUUGGAGAAUUCUUGUACAAAUACACGCGUCGAGCUAUUGGGAAAGGUCACGGUGAUCGUCGACACAGGCGAUUCUUCUGGGUACAUCCGUACACUCGUACACUGUACUGGAGUUCUGCCGAUCCAGGGUCUUCGGCAGUAUCAGAGUCGAGUGCUAAGAGCGCCUAUAUCGAGGAUGUUCGAUCUGUACUCGACCCGAAUCCCAUGCCUCCAGGUAUCCAUCAGUACAGCGUCGUGGUGUCUACGCCUCAACGUGAAAUGAAGUUCACUGCGCCAACAAAAGAAAGGCAUGACAUUUGGAUCAAUGCUUUGCAGUACCUUCUUUCCCGACCCAGCGCCGGCCCCGUGGCUUCUCCUUCCAAUGGAACAGCUCUUCCUAAUAGCCCGAUGUCUAUGGAAGCCAGAUUAGCGGACGACGACAAUAAUAACGGGUCAAAUAUGUACGCGAGUCCUCAAAGUCAACGCAGCACGCGAACCACGAGGACGGGACUUAGUACAGAUUCGUUCAACGUUACCCCACGAGGACAGCGCAGCCAGUCCCAGCUUUCUCUGGGAGGAUCAAUGGGGAAGCGUUCUGGUACUCCGGCAGCAGAGUACCUACGUUGGAGCACGUUGGAUGGACCUAACAGCCCGACGAAGUCUUUCGAGCAUAUCCCUAGCAACGAUGGCGAGCUGGACUUCGAGCUACAUGAUGAAACGUUGUCGGAUGGGGGCUUCGAAGGCUUGGAGAACGUCCGUGCCUGCUGCGAUGGUCGUCAUACGGUCGGUAGAUCUGGACGAAUUGAACACCACCAUCACCAUAGUCACCCACAUGACCAUCCUCGAGAACCUUCACGGACGCGAGACCAACAUCUAGAUCCAAACCCUCAGGAAAUUUCGAGACCUGUUUCGCCGGCUUGGUCAUUCCGUUCUCGUGCAGGAAGUGCAACGUCGCAUGAUCGCGAUGGUACGGGUUUCUUCUCUCGGUUUGGGUCGAGGCGUUCAACAAAGACAGCGAUGUCUUCAUCCACCACGCACUAGUAAUGAUUAUCGAUUAACAUCUUCCAUUUUGUUCUUGUGUCUAUUUGUUCUGUUCCGUCUCUGCUUUUGGAUGACUGCUCGAACGCUACUACAUUCGUUUUUAAUGACUCAUUUUCUGUUUCAUUUCUUCUCAUUCUUGCGUAGACGAUAUGUAUCUCCAUUGUUUUGUGCAGUAUGCACGAUACGCUCCUUUCGUGCACGUUGUGCAGGUUAUCCGAAUAUAAUGCCAAUUCACCUCGAUCAG